AUCUGCAGGAAGAGGAGCAAGGAGUAGAAGGAGCGAGGAGGAGGAAUAGUGGACGUCGUCAUGGGAUCGCCGUGCCCUGGAUUCGCGUAAUUGUCUUAUGCUCUUGUCCCAUGGACUAUAUCUAUGGAUCGCCAUUGUCAGGUCCCCUGCUAAGUUGUGUGUGUGUCCAUGUCGGCAGUCGCUCUGAAGAGUCAUAAGACUGCGCGACGGUCGGCUGUCUGAGAACUGGGCGUUGUACUUACUGCACCGAUUGGAGUAUGGAGUAGGUGCAAUUGUUGCGCCUGUUGUUGCGAUGUUCAAGAGUUCCAUGCGUUGUAGUUACGGUACCCCACUGUUGUCGAGUUUUUACGGUGGUUGAUGGUUGUCUAGCGGGGGAUUUGUCGCAGUUUCCGAUCGCUGAGCAGGAACCGAUUGUUUGUGUCGUCCGUGUUCUCGUGUGUCGACUUCUACAGAGCAUAAGUCCACAGAGCUUGCCGUAUUGGCAGCUGUCGCGGAGUUUGAGUGGCUCGAAGCACGGAGAAAGCCUAUGCUCGGAUAUUGUCUUGUGUUGCGAGCUCACUUGCAAGCAGCCAGCUGAAUAAUUUAUAUAUAUAUCAGCCAGUUGUUUUACAUCGAAGGCCUACGCACUAAAAGCUCUGCACCACACCCACAAUUCUCUUUCUUGAGGAUCAGGUGGAUCAGUGGCUAACAACAUGAUCGCCUAUUACGUAUCUGGCAUGGUUUGCUGUGAGCUGAGUAUCGUGGCGUACUGAGUUAUGACGUUUGUGCAGUUCAAUUGCUACGGUUUUGCCACUGUCUACCAGAAAUGGAAUAAAUUAAUUGUCAGUGGUAUCUAGUAAGCUCUGUCGGAGUUGCGAAAUCCUUCUCAGGAUACAAACAUUUAUAUACAUACAUAAACACACACACAAAAUAGUCACACACGACUCAACGAGUCUUGAAAAUAGUUCAAGUGACGGUUUUACAAUGGCCAGAUGGCUGGUUGCAAGUGCACAUGGAGUGGUAUCCGCUCAGAGUUUCCAAGUUGCAGCCUUGCUCUCCAUGGUCGUCGUCUUCUUAGUCUGCGUGACAACGCUGGUGGGCUUGUGCGCCGCUCACAGCAACCCCAAAGUGCUCAACCGAGAAUCCGAGCCUGAAGGCGAACUGGUGGCCGAGAUCAAAAAGGAAAGCCAGCGCUUCAGCCCCUCCGACUUGAAGUCCAAACUCGGCUCCUUCAGAAUAUCGUCCUUCCGAAACCCAUCUAGUUUCUCAAAUUCCAGCUCUUUUCGAAUUGACUGCAAAUCUCAGGUGGACGUAGUGGACGCUCUCCGGAAAGGCUGUCAAGCGGAGGAAGAUCCGAACGCAGAACCCGCGGUUUGGCAAAGAUCAAUUAUGCGCGGUGAACGUUGCGCCCCUCUCUCAUUCUCCGGGCUCAUUCUGUACGACGAGAAGGGCAAUCCUUUGAACCCAGAAGUGGUGCACAACAAUCCGCGUUCGAUGGCUUCGUGUUAACAAUGCCUUCAUGUUUUGCAUCUGGGUUCUGCAUCAAAUCAGACGAUUUCGCGGCGCUCUGUGCAAAUCCCAGAAUUCCAACAAGUCUUCGUAACUAAGGCGACGCAUAUCGACUUAUCGCAUUUGAGCUUGUAAAAUAGGGGUUAUGGAGCAACUCAGUUUUGUUGCACACAAACCAUUUCUCCGAGAACGCGACUGAAUCCAACGGAAACCAACCAUGUAGUUGCAAACACGAUGCUCAAUGGUUGUAUUUCUUAUUACUCGUGAAAAUCGGUGGAGUUAGGGUCUUUUUUAUUCAGGAGGAUAAGAAGCAAAAACGGCGAUCAAUAAUCGGGGUUGUAUGCUGCAAAAUAACUGAAUGUCAGAAUCUAUAGAUUUCUCACUCAGGGUUUAUAGCGCAGUGCCACACAGAUGUGGAGGCAGUGACGUUAUCCAUGAGUAUAAAUGCUGGAUUAUGCUUAGCACAGUCCAUUAUCAAGUCUAGAUUUUUGCGUGUGGAACAACGAGGAGAGUGAUAAGAAACUUUGGAGCUCAGAGCAGCUCAGGUUUUGUUCACAUUCGCGGCAUUAGUAGCGGACAAAAUUGAACUAUUUGUGGAUUCGAAACUGCAGUGCAGCAGUUCUGCAAUGAAAAAUAAAUACGCGCUCCGUGUCAAAGAAAUUUACAGAGAAGAGAAAGGUGAACAUCAUUCUCGUCUCAUUAACAAUGCUUCUACUUCAUGGGUCAGAAACUGGCUAUCAUCUUCUUCUUCUGCUGUGGAUUUGCAUUCCUCGUUCUUAGCUUUGUGUUUGAUGCUCUCGAGAGAUGCCUGUAACAUUACAGCAUUGUAUUGUUGCUGCAACUUCUGCUGCUGCUGUUUUCUGGUAUUCACGUGGAGCUAGAAAACUGGAACUGCCUACAGUCUUCUCAGCAUAUUUUGAGGAAUCUAGCCCUUUGAAUAUGAUUAUGUGUGCGGUACGGCAGAAAGCGAUAGGGGACAAAACUUACAUUGAAGUGGGACACUGCAAUCGGAGUCCCACCUUCAUAUUUGCAUCAGUUUCUUCCCUUCGUGUAAACUCUUUAUUUAGAAUUCUUUUAGUAUUCAAUAUCUUAUUUUUCUAUUCUGUUCCUUGUCAACGACGUAUUUCAAAUUAUAAUACUUGGAGGUUUAAAUGUA